CCUCGUUUUUAUUUACUUUUUGCAGAUGCACUGGCCCUUGAAAGUCUUUUGCAAAACGAUCACUGUUUUGGUUUUAAGUGAUUAGAUUGUAAACAUGGCUCUAGCGUAUUCAAAUAUCGAGCUUUCAAUUAGAAGAGUUAUAGUUAAGGAAAUCGAAAAAAGAAAUUAUCGAGAAAAAGAGCCAUUUGAAGUUCUCAUAGCUACAUAUAACAAGUUAUUUGAUGCCGUGUCAGAACUAAGGCAUGAGAUUCUCUUACUUACUAUCCAAAAUGAGAAACUUAGGCAAGAGAGUCUACAAAAUGGCCAAGGUUUAUGUGAAGGAAAUAAGGCACCUGAAAAAUCUUCAAUUUUGGAACAGAAGAUCUAUUCACUGCAAGAAGAAUUGACAAAUCUUCAUCGUCGUAAAGGAGAACAUGCUCAACAAAUAGUUGACUUAACCAGCAAAUUGCAAGAAACUGAAAAGAAUCUUAGCUUAAAAGAAUCCUUGCUAAACGAAGCAGAAACAACUAUUAUUGUGUUGAAGGAUGAAAAAAAGCAAUUGGAGAUAAGUCUUUCAGAGAUUGAGGGAGGUAAUCAGGUGCUAAGAGAUGAACAUCAAGCUUUGCAGAUUGCAUAUGCCUCCAUUGAAGAAAAAUUAAAAAUUCUUCAUUUUGAAAACAUUGCCCUGGUUGAGAGGUUGAUGGCCUAUAAAGCCCAUGAUGCUGAAAUAUUAAAUAAAGAAAAUGAGCAUUUUGUAAAGAUUAAACAAGCUCAAAUGCAAAAGGAGCUUGAGGAAGCAGCAAGUGAAGUCAAAGUAGUUAGUACAGACAGAAUCCUAUUCGAAACGCCUCUACUCUCAUCGUCGAUUCCGACAAAAGUCCAUUCCAAAUUUGAAGCUCAUGAAGGAGAAGUCAAUGCGCUACAGUUCAAUGCUGCUGGUCGAAUGUUGGCUUCUGGUGGAGGCGAUAGAAAAAUCAAGUUAUGGGAUGUUGGUCAAAAUAGUUGUUCACUUCGAGGAUCUCUUACAGGUAGUAACGCCGGCAUCACCUCAGUAGAAUUCGAUCCCAACGGAGCGAUGAUUCUUGCUGCUUCCAACGAUUUUGCCACACGUGUAUGGACGGUAGAGGACCAAAGGCUGAGGCACACGUUGACCGGGCACAGCGGCAAGGUCCUAGCGGCACGAUUCAUGGGUGACACGUCGAUGGUCGUCACGGGGAGUCAUGAUCGCACGUUGAAGAUUUGGGACCUGCGGUCUAGAGCCUGUAUUUCGACUAAAUUUGCUGGUUCAAGCUGCAAUGACCUGGUGACGAUUGACGGCGUGCAAAUUCUAUCGGGCCAUUUUGACAAGAAAAUUCGCUUCUGGGAUCAGCGUUCCGAGUCCAGCCACAAUGAGAUCCUUCUGCAGGGUAAAGUGACCUCGCUGGACCUUUCCCGCGAUCGCAACUUCUUGCUGGCCUGCGUUCGCGACGACAGUCUCGUCACCAUUGACCUGCGAAUGAACCAGAAGAUUUGCAACACUUUCACUGAUGACGAGUUCCACGUUGGGUGCGACUGGAACCGAGCGGCGUUCAGCAGUAGUGGCGAAUACGUUUCGGUUGGCUCGUCGGAUGGCACAGUGUUCAUUUUCAACACCGCAACCAGCGUAGUUGAACAGAGACUCAAAGAGCACAGCUCCGCUGUGAUAGCUGUAGCUUGGCACCCCAGCGAUUAUGCAUUAGCCAGCUGUGAUAAAACCAAACGCGUGGUGAUUUGGACAGACGGAGGUUACAAUUGAAAAACGAAACUACUCCGCUUGAUCCAGCGUCAAUCACAUCUAGCUCCCUAGAAUGUCGGCCUAGAUUCCGUCGUUGCUCGAAUCGAUAUUAUCGACUAUGAAAGCUUCCUUAUUGUUAACCAAAAGUCAAGAAUCCUUACUCUCAAAACUCUCAUGUUAUAGUUGUGCUACACACACACACAUGUCAUUUUCUCGCACUCUAUUAUUUCUAGUAUAAACACUGGUAAUUUUUUCAGACUAUGGUGUGUAUCUCCACUCCUGCUACCGUGUAAAUGUUUACUUUAGGUGAUGUUGUUGAUUAAGGGGAAACAAAUUGUUUUUCUUACCAAA